AUGUAUGUGAAAUGUGGAUGUAUUAAUGGCUCUCAUCGAGCUCUUGGGGAAGUUCUUGAACCUAAUAUAGCUACAUGGAAUUCCAUUAUCUCUGGGUCAGUGAAUCGUUGCUUGUUUGGUGAUGUUGUGCGAUUGUUUAAGGAAGUCCAAUUGUUGGAUUUGAGACCUAAUUUAGUGACAAUGUUGAGUCUGAUCUCUGCUUGUGCUGGGCUGGGGUCAGAAAAACUGUGUAGAUGCAUUCAUAGCUUUACUGUUAAACUCAGAAUUGAUGCACACCUUAAAGUGAAAGAUGUGAUCAGUUGGACCACAAUGAUCAACAUGUAUGGUUCUGCUGGUUGUCCUGUUAAUGCUCUGCAGUUCUUCUGGCAGAUGAGAAGUGCAAAUGUUGAACCCGACAUUUUUUUAAGAUGUCAUUCAAACACGCCCUCACGCUUUUCCGCCACCGAAAGUACCAGACCACCGCCCAUAGGGCAGCAAGGAGCGCGACGAGAUGGAGAGGACCGGCGAUUAAAUUGCCUAUCAUGAUCGAAAAUCGGAAGGCCCAGGAUCUCCAGGCUUGUGAUGGACUGCUGCAGAUAGCUGCAAAGUUUGGUCUGGAAACUUUUAUAGAUUAAGGUUAGCAGAAAUGACGUUUUUUUCUCAAUAUAUUACGAACUUACCACCUCAGGAUUUCCUUUUGUCUACUUAGACAAUGGAUUGUCUAGAUAUACAUAUAUAAUGAGAGAGAGAAAGAGGGAGAGAGAGGGGGAAUAAUUUAUUGCUUAUAUUAAUACUUGUGAAUCUUAUUCAAGAUUGGCCAGAGAGUACAGUAGAGAGAAGGGAAAGGGAUAUAUAUA